AUGACCUCGAUACCACCUUUUGAGACUACCUUUGCCGUCCCAUUAAGUUGCGAAGACUGCAUCAAGGAUGUUUCUACGUCGUUAUACAAGCUCAAUGGCAUACAAAACGUCUCCGCCGACCUAAAAUCCCAACUCAUUUCCAUAACCGGCAACGCCGCCCCCUCCUCCAUCGUCUCCGCCAUUCAAGACACAGGCCGCGAUGCCAUCCUCCGUGGCUCAGGCCGAGCAGAAUCCGCCGCAGUCUGCAUCCUCGAAACCCACUCGACAAAAGUCCAGGACCACGUCCGAGGCCUCAUCCGCAUGGUCCAAGUCUCCGACACCAUGACAAUCCUUGACAUGACCCUCAAGGGCGUGUCACCCGGGACCUACCACGUCACAGUCCGCGAGACCGGCGACAUCUCCAACGGCGCGGCCUCAACCGGUGGAAUCUGGGAUGCCAUCGCCGCGAAGAAGGAGCGUAGGAGUGGGGUGAAGGGGGUGUUUGGGACGAUUGAGGUGGGGAAGAGUGGGUUGGGCUCGGUGUUUGUUGACAAGCCGAUUCAGAUUUGGGAGAUGAUUGGGAGGUCUGUGGUGGUGAGUAGGAAGAUGGAGCAGUUUGAGAGGGAGGAUGCGGAUACGUUGGUAGGGGUCGUGGCGAGGAGUGCGGGGGUUUGGGACAAUGAUAAGACGGUGUGUAGUUGUAGUGGGAAGACGGUUUGGGAGGAGAGGAAGGAGCAGACUGCUAAGGGAAUGUUGUAG